UUAGGCAGCUGUGCUUCCGGUCCAGAUGCCAGAGUCCAUGUCUUCCUGUUUGGGGUAACUGCCUGGGGUGUGAGAGCCCCCCACAGGCCUUCCUGGUCCAGUCAAAAGAGCUCCUGGAAAGAGGAAGAAAUCAAACCUAAAACUUCAGAAAAUCGCCAAAUGCUAGGCUUCAAAUCCUGUGAGAAAGGCCCGGCGGCGUGGUUAGAGACGCUCAUCUCUGAAUGUCCUAAGAACAGGUUAACCACAGUUCAGCUCAACGACCUGCGGGGGAGAAGCAACAGCUUUUCAGUGAAACGGAUCGGGUGGACGCCCCACGCUCGGAGCGGGACUCAGCGGGGCUUUACCGGGCUCGCGCGGACAGGCAGUCACCGCCCAGGCCCCAGACGGCGCGGGCCCCGAACCCGCGGGAGCAGGCGGGAGGCCGCGGAUGCGCGGGGGGAGGAGGCGUCCCGGGCGGGCGGCGGGCCUGAGGGUCGAGGCCGGGAACGGUCCCCGCGCGGACGGACGGCCCCCCGCGUCCGGCAGGUCCGAGCACGGCCCGUGGGCAGAGCGGAGGGCAGAGCUGUUGGGGCUCCCGCCUCACCCCACCGCUCCCGGGAAACUGCUCCCCCUCCCGCGGCGUCCUCCCGUAAGGGACACUCGGCUGCGAGGGGCGCCCCCGCCGUCCCCCGGGGCCCCACGCCCGCCUCCUAACGGCGGAACGAACGCCGGGCGUUCUGGGUUCCAAGGCGCGCUCAGCCGGCCGCCGGCUGGAAUUUCGGUUUGGAGAGAGCUGCAGAAUUUUACGUUUCUAUCUGCUGUCCACUUCCAAAAUGCGAUUGAUGUUUUCUUGAUUCAUUUUUACUUUUCUUGUAGUUUAAACUCCUUUCUUCCUUUACUAAAAUUUUAAUGCAUUUUCAAGAGAAGUGGAUAUAAAAAUGUAUGUCCACACGGGCAUCUUUAAA